GUUCCUAAUUUUGCCUCCACUAACCGAAUUAAUCUGCCACUAUAAUAUGCAAACGUGUAACUCAUUUUCGCGCCUAGCUUUUGAUUCCACAUGCAACUGUAUCAUAACACAGCAAAAUGUAUUUCGGCGGGCUACGUCGUCCCGGCUCCUCCCCCUCUGCCGUGACGUCGGCUUCUCCCGAGCUUCCCCCUGGAUGGCGGACGAGGGAGGAGGGGACCCGCACUCGCUCGCUCCCUCACCUGGCCUGCCAGUCGCUUGUUCGGAGAGCAGCGUGAGCACACGGCCGUCCUUCUUUGCGUGGAACUCCGCGGCGUCAAGCGGGGAUUAGGUUAUUUGACUCUGCGCUUUCCUUCCGCGGGAACCUUGCGGGUCUCCGUGAGGAACUUGAAGCACCAAGGAGAACCGGGACCACCAAGUGUUGAGAAACUUCCCCUCGGCCGGCCAUCGAUCCAGAGACUUGGAUGGAGCCACAACAGCACGUUUGACUUUCAACUCGCAACAACCGUGGAAGUCCAGCGUGGAACCAUCGUGACUAGUCGAUGCUUUGGCGACGCCUGAUCCUCUAGUUCUCUCCCCCGUUUGGUUGGCUUCGGAGCUAGCAGUGCAGUUCAGUCCAGGGGACCCCCACUUUCUUUCCCUCCCUCCCACUGUGUGUGUUUUUUUUUUGCCCCCUCAAGCGGGAUUUGCGCAAGUUGCAUGCUCGCUCUUUGUACGCGGUUCUAACGCAGAAGACCCCCCCAGGAGAGCUGAGGUGCCAUGGCGCAGCUGUGUGCGGGGAUUUGCGUGCUCCUCUUGACGCUGCACGUCCAAGGGAAUGAUGCAUCACAAAUGUCAAGCCUUGGUGGAGGUGCUCGCUCCCAGAUGGUCCAGAUGGACUCAAGCAAGUCGGGCUUCGUGGGCUCCCAGGUGGAGCUGCGCUGCAUUUUCAUCAACAGCAACCCCCCGGUGAAGAUCUCGCAGGUGACCUGGCAGAAGCUGCUCAACGGCACCAAGCAGAACGUGGCCAUCGCCAACCCGGCCCUGGGCGUCUCCGUGCUGCCGCCCUUCAAGGAGCGCGUCAGCUUCAAGCAGGCGGCCGUGCGCCACCGCACGCCAUCGCUGGAGGACACCACCAUCGUCUUCUCCAACCUGCAGCUUUCUGACGAGGCGGCGUACAUCUGCGAGUACACCACCUUCCCGGCGGGCAACCGCGAGAACAUGGUCAACCUCACCGUCUUCGCUCGCCCCCUGACUCGCAUGACCUUGACCACGCCCACCAUCGUGGCCCGCUCGCAGCGCCGCAAGAUGACUGUGGCCACGUGCGUGUCGGCCAACGGCAAGCCGCCCAGCGUGAUCCGGUGGGACACCAGGCUGAAGGGCGAGGCCACCUUCCAGGAAACCCGCAACCAGAACGGGACGGUGACGGUGCGCAGCAACUACGUGAUCGUGCCCGGCCGGGAGACGCACAAGCAGAAGCUGACGUGCAUCGUCACGUACCGCAACGAGAGGUUCACCGACAGCGUGGUGCUCAACGUGCAGUAUGAACCCGAGGUGAAGAUCGAGGGCUUCGACGCCAACUGGUACCUGAACCGCCAGAACGUGCAGCUGACCUGUAGGGCAGAUGCCAACCCGCCGGUCACCAUCUACCAGUGGAAACUCUUGAACGGCUCGCUGCCGAGCAACGUGGAGAUCAAGAACAACAGCCUGUUCUUCAAGGGCCCCGUCACCUAUGACCUGGCUGGAACGUACGUCUGCGACGCCACCAACGGAAUCGGCACACGCACCGGCAUCGUGGACGUCAACAUCACCGAGAAACCGAUGGCGCGGGGCCCCCCGGGCGGUGUUAUCGGGAUCCUCGGAGGCAUCGUGGCCAUCGGCCUCAUCAUCGGCGUGGCCGUCACCGUGGUCAUGGUCCACCGGCGCCAGCAGAAGACCCGCACGGAGACAGAUAAUGACCUGACCGACCUCCCGCCGGCUCACAAGCCCGCCCCGCCGCCGCCAAAGAAGAAGAACAGCGACAUGAAGGGGCACUUGACAUCCGACGACAUCCAGGUGGUCCAUCUGGACAAAGACGAGGAGAUGCAGAAGCUUCCCCUGCAGCCGCCUUACUACGACAUGGCGCCCUCUGAGUCGACCCCUUUCACCGAUAAGCCGGACUCUGUGAACCAUCCGGCAGAGCCCUUGAACCCGACCGAGUACAUGAGCCACCAGCGCGACGUGGAGCACCUGCCCGAGUGUCAGCCCCUCAACCCUCCGGCCCACCCGCCCGUCACCUUCCUGCCGCAGCACGCCUACGCCCAGCCGCCCUCCAACGAGCCCAUGUACUCCAACACCGGCUUCUCCGCCCCCGCCGCCCCACGAGCGCCCUUCCCGAAGGAGCAAUCCGUGUGACGCCGCCACGCAACAACAAGAUCGGCUUAGCACUCCUUCCCCGCCACCCAUCCCACUUCCUUCCGGCGUGGCGUCGUUUUCUACUGUGUACCGCAAAAGUUUGCCGACUCUUUCUCUAGCUCGUUGUCACCGUUUCGUAGCCCGACUUUUCUUUCCUGCUAAAUUGCUUGCUCGCUUCCCUUUGCAACAUCAACAAAACAAAAAAAAAAUGAAUGAAAUAUUACCUAAUUGAAGAAAAAAAAUGCUAAUAGUAGACAGGAAAAAUUGUCUUUGUAAGAGUGCUUAAAACAAGUCAACAUACUUUGCCUAAAAACAAAAAAACAGCCGUCUUAAAACCGAUCGACUCAAAGAAUUAUCGGGGUUCCCAUGCAAGUACAAAAUAUGUUUCCAAGACUGCCUGCGCUAUAUCACGUACUUCUUUCCAGGCUUCUGGAAGCUAUUUGGUGAUGUAAUUGCAUGCACAUUCAAAAUAAUGAAAACGAUGAUAAAUGCUAAACCACUCUUUACGCAGAUGUCACAAAUUAUUGUCAUUUUUUAAAAUAUUUUUUUUUUACUAACUGGUCAUUACAGUCUAGGGAAAAAAAGGAUUGGAAUUUAGAUAUUUAAAAUAUGGGAACCCUGAAUGAUGGUAUUCGUGUUUUCAUCUAAAUUUUUAUAUAACUGGUGUUACAAACUCCAAAAGUUUAAUUCCUGGAAGAAAAUGCUCAAAGCAAGUAAAAUGUUUGCCUGGUAGGAGGAAAGACAAAAAACAAGCACAUUUUUUUUCUUGAUUGGAUAAACGUAAUCUUGCUUAGAUUUUAGUUGCUGGUUUACAGCUUUGUGGCAUUUUCUACUAUGUUUAAAAAAAAAAAAAAUCUACUUCGUUCUUGACACUUUUGCUAGCUUGUUGACACCAUUUCGUAACCACCUUUGCUUCAUCCGUCAAUCAAAUUUCUUGCUUGCUCUCCCCUUGAUGGCACUGCAAACAUGGGUCUGAAAAAAACAAGACAAAAAGUAAUGAAAUGAAGGCUAUAAUCGUUUUGUUUUUAUGUUUCUUUUUAGGAUAGUUACAGGAAAAUUUGGAUGCGUCUAACAA